AUCACAGGUCAUUACGCACAUUCACACGUAAGACGUAGUGGUGUGUUGAUCGGGACUCGAGACUAAAACAUUUCCACUCGAAUUUUAUAAAUUGAUCAACUUAAGUAAGGUGCAUGUAACCUACCACACUAUGGCUCAAGAUAGAUCUAUCUUAAUUGGAAUGUUAGUCUGCUGUUUAGCUGUGGUCAGCAUCGUAGCUUUAGUUCUUGGUAUCAUCAGCCUCAAUUCCCAACAAGGCAUGCAAGGAGGAAGGACUACCAAUGGUACACAAUCGAUUAACAUCUACAAUAGACCAGCAACAGAGAGCACCCCGGAUAGCAGUGAUGAUAAAAUCUGGUUGUUCGCCAUUGGGCAUUAUGAUGACGUAAGGCAGUAUUUGGAUGAGUCGACAUACACUAUUAAGGGAUUCACUCCUGAUAUCGUUGACGCUGUGUGUGCGAUUGCAAACAAGAAUUGUAGAUUGGUGUAUGAUAUCUACGAGAAUUGUUGGGACAAUCAAGCGGGUCUGCGCCCCAGGGGUGGCCCCGGUCUCAUGGGCAACUGGUAUGAUGCCUGUGCAGAAUGGGUCCAAACUUACAAUCGACGUCUGACAUAUUAUUUUACGGUACCGUUCACAAAAGGAGGUAGUGUCGCCCUCUACGUGAAGAAUGACAGCAGCUCAGUGACGUAUGAUGAUUUGACCAAUCAGAAAGUUGGAUUUCUCGAUGGAUGGAACUCGGAUGAGUUCUGUCUUGCCCGAUACAAAAACAUCGCGGGGUCCACACUUGGUCCAAAUCAGAUAUUUCAUUAUCAGUCAGCUGAUCUCCUAAUAGAUGCUGUACAAAAUGAUGUUAUUGAUGUAGCAUUUGGAGAGAAUAUUGCACAAUUCUCUACCUCGUUGAAACGUAUCUCACCGCUUGACUUCGAGAAUAAUUGUGUAGCUGGUGGCGCCUCAAUCAUGACACGACAUACCAACCGUUAUCUGGUUAAUUGGUGGAACGAUGCUUUCCAACGACUCAAUGACAGAGGUCGCUAUAACGAAAUCUGUGAUUCUAUUCAUGAGCGCCACGGUCAUAUUCCAAGUGGAGAUUACACUGACAUCUGCAUCUGAUACUAGUUCACCCCCUAGGAGCUGGUUAAUUUAGUACAGAUGAUGCAGAUUAUAGAAGGUUAUAAUUUUUGAGAAAGAGAGAGGGGGGUGAUGGAAAGUAAGCAAAUACUGUAUAUAAUAAUGGCGUCUUACACAGAAAAUAUUUGUAUAUUUACGAUAAUCGUUUUUCUGAAAUCUCGUUCUCAAAACAUGCAAAAAGAUGAUAAAUAAAUCAAUGCUACCUGAAAUGUAGUCUUAUAUCAUGAUUCAUGUCGAACCUACACAUAACCUUUAAAGGGGAAGUUCACCCUGACAAAAAGUUUAUUGUAAAAAUAGCAGAAAAAAUAAUAAAAAAUAUUGCCGAAGGUUUGAGAAAAAUUCAUCAAAUAAUUAAAAAGUUAUUAGAAUUUCAAUUAUUUGAUUUGUGACGUCAUAUGCGAGCAGCAUUCCUACAUAGCGAAUGGUAAAAAAUCAAUGAAAUGUCAUUUUCUCAGAAAAUUGAAAAUGGUUUUUACUGUACCUUUUGUAUAUCAAUAGACAAAUCAUUUCACACCCGAUCAUGAAUAUGAAAUAAAAUUAAGUCAUCAGGAACCAUACAAAAUUUGAAAUUCAUGCAUUUUAUAUUACAUAACACAUGGGGCAGCUGCUCGUUAUGACGUCACAAAUCCAAAACUUUGAACUCUAAUAACUUUCUUACUCUUUAACGGAUUUUCCUCAAACCUUCACCAAUAUUUUUUACUAUUUUUUCUGCUAUUUUUACAACAAAGUUUUCUUCAGGGUGAACUUCCUCUUUAAGCAAGGUCCCUUGUACGUUAUUUCAAAAGCCUACGGACUGAAAAAAGACUAAUCGCGAAAGGCCGGUGGCCUAUUUUUUCCAACAUACAGUAAGGGUUAACUCUGUUUUGGAGGCUUGAGUAGGACUACACGACCUGGACAUGUUUGUUUUUUUCAGAGUCUUACCUCGAUUAUUAAUAUAAAAAAAAGGGAAAUAGUUCAAGGCGAGACUUAAUAGUUUGAUAGUGUUUUGUUAAACAUAAGUUGACCAUUUUACUAAAAAUAUCUUCUAUUGCACGUUGGGUAUAGAAACGUACAUGAAUCAGGUUGGGAGUAGAAAGCAGUGGCCUAGAAAAAAUCUAUGACCAAAAGGGAAUAAAGGAGAAAAUGGAAGAUAACGACAUGAAAACGGGUGAAGUGUGAUUUAAUCAAAAUUGAUCACAAAAUUAGCUUUUGUUCUCAAAAAGGGUCAAAAUUUUUUCGCUCGCUCGUGAUAUUUUAUAAAAUUUUCCACAAUAAGAUAAGACUGGCACUUCAAUUGUUUGGCUAAUUACGCCACUUUUAGAGGGGUUGCAUAAAGGCCCGUAGAUUUGUAUUACACGAUGGAGCAUUAAAGGGAGGAGAGGGGAGAGCGAGGGGGGGGGGUAUGUGUACAUAAGUAGACGUUAUUGAAGGUCUUGCACAAAUUUCUUUAACACUUUCUAAUUUCUCAUUUCAGCCUAGGUCAAGUAUAUACACAACGUUCAGAAACCAAAUAUGAUUACUUUUCAAAAAUUGUAAUUAUGAUGUUAAUGACUAUAAUAUAUUGAAGAAAUGUAUUAUCUGUUUCAUAUUUCUUCAUGCUUUUCACAUUAUAUUCUUUUAAAAUCAUUUCAUAUUACGAUUUCUUAUACUUUCCUUGUUUCUUGUAAACGAAUUGUAAACAUCCGCAUAUGAUGUAAACCUAUUUUGAAAUAAAAUAAAAUUUGAUGAGAACAUUU